UCUCUCUCUCUCUCUCAUUGGCUGUUGUUUCCUUCUGUACGAAGUAGGAAAGGAAGGCUGCAGGCUGUCCUCUGCGAGUGCGAUACCUUCCUUCCUUCCUCCCUCGUUCCCGUUUGUUGCCGUCUGCGUCUACGUUCUCCAUCGCCCACUCCGAUUGUAAUCAAAAUUAAACAAGAUCAAUUAAGCAGUAGCAAUGGCAUCGCCUGACUCGUGGAUGCGAGAAUUCAAUGAUGCUUCAAAGCUUGCUGAUGAAAUCAAUGGCAUGAUUUCCGGAAGGAGUUCGUUGCCAGUGUCACCCUCUGGACCAGAAACACAACGUCAUAUGUCUGCAACUCGAAGAAAGGUUACGAUACUAAGGACAAAGCUUGAGACUUUGCACUCACUCCUGUCUAAGCUUCCCACCAAGCAGAAGGAGUCAAUAACAGGAAAAGAAAUGAAUCGUCGCAAAGAUAUGCUCGCAAGUUUGAGUUCUAAAGCUGAUCAAAUGGCUACUACUCUCAACAUGUCUAGUCUUGCUAACAGAAAUAACUUGCUUGGCCCUGAUAAGAAGAUGGAUGACAUAAUGAGCAGAACAACUGGUUUAGACAACCAUGGUCUUGUUGGCUUUCAACGACAAAUCAUUAAAGAACAAGAUGAAGGCCUUGACAAAUUGGAGGAGACGGUUAUUAGUACCAAACACAUUGCGUUGGCAGUCAACGAGGAACUUGAUCUGCACACGAGGCUUCUGGAUAAUCUGGACCAGCAGGUGGAAUCAACAAAUUCGAACCUACAGCGGGUGCAAAAGAAAUUGGCAGUACUGAACAAACGCAACAAAGGUGGUUGUUCUUGCUUGAUCCUACUGGUCAUUGGAGUUGUGAUUUUGAUAAUUGUCACCUGGGCAUUGAUUAAGUACUUGUAGCAGUAACGGGAAACUUUGCCAAUGCUCGAGUUUUCGAGCUAGAUGUGAUGCUAGUUAACUCGUAAUCGAACGGUUGGAGAGUGAGAAACUCAUGUCAUUGAUAUAUAAGUAUGUGUCAAAUUCUCAACCAGAACUUUUGGUUGAAUGAUACAUGUCUAUUCAUAUUGGCUUUGCUGUAUUUAGAGGGAUUACUAUUUGAAAGUGAGAUAAACUCCACUUCUUGUCCAUGUUGUAACUUCUACCAUCGGAAGUUGAGGCCUUAAGCCCCCCCGUUUGGCAUAGAAGAUUAGAUUGGAAUGGAUAACCUUCAAAUUCAAGGUA